AUGCGGUCGCCGCCGCCGCCUCUCCCAUGGCGGCCGCUGCUCCGCUUCAUCCUAACCCUCGCCAUCCUCACGCCAUCUCCCGCGGCGGCCGCCGACCUCGCGUCCGACGCGGCGGCCCUCGCCGCCUUCCGCGCCGCCGUGGGGCCACGCGUGGCCUGGAACGUCACCUCCCCAACGACCGUCUGCAGCUGGACGGGCGUCUCCUGCACGGGCCCCCGCGUCACGGCGCUCCGCCUCCCCGCGGCCGCCCUCGCCGGCCCCAUCCCGGCGGGCACGCUCGGCAACCUCACCGCCCUCCAAACCCUCAGCCUGCGCUACAACGCGCUGAGCGGCGCCCUGCCCGCCGACCUCGCCGCCGCCGCCGACCUCCGCGGCGCCUUCCUCAACGACAACCGCCUCACGGGCGACUUCCCGCCCGCCUUCCUCGCCAUGCCCGGCCUCACCCACCUCGCGCUCGGCGGCAACUCCCUCUCCGGCGCCAUCCCGCCCGCCCUCGCCAACCUCACCCGCCUCAGAGUCCUCCUCCUCGAGAGCAACCGCUUCGCCGGCGCGAUCCCCGACCUCCCGCAGCCGUCCCUGCAGCAGCUCAACGUCUCCUUCAACCAGCUCAACGGAUCCGUCCCGCCCUCGCUCCGCUCCCAGCCCCGCUCCGCCUUCCUCGGCAUGGCCUCCCUCUGCGGCGCCCCCCUCCCCGCCUGCCCCGGCGAGCAGCCCUCCCCUCCCCCCUCCCCAACAACCCAACCCUCCUCCCCCACCCCCACACCACCAUCCCCCACCACCACCACCAACAACAAAAACAAGCUCUCCGGCGGCGCCAUCGCCGGAAUCGCAAUCGGCGCCGUCAUCGGCGCAGCCCUCCUCCUCCUCCUGCUCAUCUGCCUCUGCCGCCGCUCAACCCGCACCAAAACCCGGGCCCUCGAAAUGCCGCCCCCGUCCCCCGCCGCCAUCCCCGCGGGCGGCGGCCGAAAACCGCCAGAGACAACCAGCAGCGCCGCCAUCGCGCCGCUCGCCGGCAUGGGCCACCCCGGCGCCCCCAUGGGAGGCCAGUCCACCUCCGGGAAGAAGCUCGUCUUCUUCCGCCCCGCGGCGGCCGCGGUGCAGCCGUUCGACCUGGAGGACCUGCUGCGCGCGUCCGCCGAGGUGCUCGGGAAGGGCGCCAUCGGGACCACCUACAAGGCCGUGCUCGAGUCCGGCGCCACUGUGGCUGUCAAGCGCCUCAAGGACGUCAACAUGACUGAGCCUGAGUUCCGUGAGAGGAUUGCUGACAUUGGGGAGCUGCAGCACGAGUUCAUUGUGCCGCUGCGUGCGUACUACUUCAGCAAGGAUGAGAAGCUGCUCGUGUCCGACUUCAUGCCCAUGGGGAGCCUCUCUGCACUCCUGCACGGUAACAGAGGUUCUGGCCGUACACCACUGAACUGGCCGACAAGAGCAAGCAUUGCCCUUGCUGCAGCCCGUGGGAUUGAGUACAUCCACUCGACAAGCUCAACGACUUCCCAUGGCAACAUCAAGUCAUCCAAUAUCCUUCUGGGCAAGUCAUAUCAAGCACGCGUAUCAGACAACGGCCUUGCUACUCUUGUUGGCUCAUCAUCCGCACCAUUGCGCGCCACUGGAUACCGAGCUCCGGAGGUUACUGAUCCCCGGAGGGUAUCCCAGAAGGCUGACGUGUACAGCUUUGGAGUUCUCUUGCUGGAGCUGCUGACAGGCAAGGCCCCCAGUCAGGCUGCUCUUAACGACGAGGGCGUCGACCUGCCCAGGUGGGUGCAGUCCGUCGUACGCUCGGAAUGGACCGCAGAGGUGUUUGACAUGGAGCUCCUGAGACACCAGGACUCCGAGGAACAGAUGGUUCAGCUUCUACAGCUUGCCAUAGACUGCGUCGCACAAGUCCCAGAUGCACGGCCGACGAUGUCACAUGUUGUCGUGCGGAUUGACGAGAUCAAGAGGUCAAGCGAGAGCGUCGAAGGAACCGAUCAACAGCAGGAUGCCUUGAAUCAGGCAGAGGACGACGAUCAGGAUGAAACCGUCGAGGGGCCAGCUCAUUUGGCGCCAUGAUCUCGAGUGACCAGAGAGAGGAGUCGGCUAAUUGCUGCAGCCCGCAUUCGGUUCAUAUAUUUGAUGAAUCCUAUCUCCGAUCGAGUUGGCUGUUUUUCAUCUUGUUAGCAAAUAUUGAAUUCGGCAACUUGGGUGUUAACUGAUUGUGUGCUCUCAGUAACUCGUGGUGGUUUAGGAAUCUUCUAUGCUCAACUGUGUGAUUGCUUAAUUGCCCUAGUUAUUCUACUACUAGCUGAUUAGGUUGGUUCUUUAGCGGCUAUCCAUGUAAUUACUCAAACCCAAUCUAUUGUCUGGAACUCCUUGGCGAAACCAUUCAUGAGUGUGCUUUGCUC